AUGUCCAACCAAGGAUACUAUCAAGGCCAAGGCGCUCCUCAGUACCCCCAGCAAAGAGUUAUCAAGCGGCGACGCAAGACUCCGAAGCCCUUCAGUUCUACUCUGAAGCUCAGAAAGAAGCUGCCCAAGACCGAAAUCGGUGAGGACUCGGAUUUGACGCAGAUCUCCAAACGCAACGCGGUUGAGUCGCCGCUUCUCCGCCUUCCAGGCGAAAUACGCAACAUGAUCUGGCAAAAACAACAAACUCACUCCGGUUUCUUUGGGGAAGCGUCUUCUCAGCGCGAGUCGCCAGAUAUAUGA